AUGAGAUCAAUUGGUAUGUGGGAAAUGUUGAUCGAAAUUCUUGUUAGAUUAGGUGGCGGUGCGGUUCUUGUUACUAAGCUUGUCAUAAUGGCGACCGGCGUCACGACAAAAGAAAACUUUAUCACUUCCAAGGUUAACUUAGAUAACAGGUACCUUAACACUGCAUUUCGUCAAAGCACAGAUCGCAGUCAGGAACGUUAUAAAGAAGUAAUGCAAGAUACGCUUCCUUUGAAGGAAGAAAAAAUUGUCUUAAUACCGACACGUUUACGCGAACUUCUUGCCAACACGUCAGACGAAAUAACGGUAAAGCUAGGCUGUUUUCCUUAUACGAACCUGGUGUACUUUACUGUGAAUGACAACCUAUUCAUAUGGGAGUAUGAGAAAGGAAAUGAUGAUAAUGCUAUCGGUCACAUAGACGUGCAUCCCCUACAAGAUCUUUAUAUAAAAUGCGUGGGUCUGGCCAAACCGAGACCUGGACGUUUCAUCGAUGAUGCACAAUAUGUAUUGGUUAUCGUCACGGAUAAAUCGAUUUAUAUAUUUGGCUUAAGUAAUACUCCCACAGGGAUAGUUUUCCACGAUAUGUCAUCAGAUAGAUACCGAGCAAACUAUAGUAAAAAAACCGUGGAAUCGAUAGUUGGCACUGAAGAUGGGCGUAUUUUUUUGAUUGAUGCCGGAGAACUCUGUGAACUGGUCUAUGAGGAUGAGGGUUGGUUUUCUCAUCCUUGCAGAUUAGAGAUCCAAUCAUUAAGCACGUUUAAUCAACAUUGGCGAUUUAUUUCAAAUUAUUCAUCGCGUCUUAGGUCAGCCGUGAUUGAUGACACGCGUAGGAUGUUAUACGUAAUGUCUGAAAGCCAUAUUGAGGCGUUUAAUAUUACCAAGGAUGGAGGACCUUUAAAACAUUUAGGAAGAUGGUCUAUCAAUGAGGACAGAUCCAGUUUGAGAGGGACGCUUGCCUCCAUGCAUCCAAUCUACGUUACUGAAUCUGCAUUCUAUUGCCUCGUGGCCGUCACAAGUACAGGUCAACGUGGAUACUUUACUUGCUACUACAUUAAUAGAGGAUAUAACGUGGUGACAGACACGCAAAAUUUUAAAAAUAAAGAGCCUAAUAGUUUGACUUUAUAUGAGGUUCAUGAACCGCCACCGCAACCUCCAGCUCAGGUUGCUCAACAAAGUAUUACUGGAUUUUCAAUGUUUAAAUAUUUUCACGGGGUAUUUUUUGCUUUAAGAAGAGAAGGCGGAUCGCAUGUCGUGACCACCACCAAUCCAAACCAUGGCUCGAUGUUUUUGAGAAUCAGCCAGAAUCAAGAGCUGAUAUUUUCCGAGCAUCUCUUUAUAUUUCCUUAUCACAACAUUUAUGAAAUUCAAGAGAUCAUUAAUCCGCUUUAUGAUCCCAAAGUAUUUGAGGAAUUUUCAAAUGAUUUGAUCAAUCAGUUUUGCGCCCCCUCUCGAAAGUUCCUUGUAUAUUCACAUCAUGGUAUAAUCAUAUUAAACAAGUUGAGGCCUGUUGAUCAUCUUGAGAAUAUUCUCAAGAAGGGAUCUUCACGUGAAUCGUCAAAGGCUUUUAUCGAUAACUAUGGCGAGGAACAAACUUCGGCGAUGUGUUUUUUGAUCGCCAAUGAUGAAAGCUAUUCGUUCUUGAAAAUCUUUAAUUACAAGACAUUGUUUGAAGGAUUCGGAUAUUGUUUAGCAAGAAUUCUUCGACCCGUAUGGAAGCAGCGAAUACUUAAAUUAAGACCAAAUGCUACAAACGCAAAUCGACUGGAUACAAGCAUUCCUGAACCAAAACUUCAAUAUAUUGUCAAGAAGUUAUUAAACCUGAAGAAAUUCUGUGACAAGCAUCCUGAUUUAAAAACCCUUCAUCACCUUGAGAGUGGUCCUUUGACUGCGCCACCACAAGCCAUUGGCAUAAGUGGUUUAUACGAUGCGCUCGUUAGAAUGACUGAUGCGAUAUCAUUUAUCUUACUCAUGCUCGAGUAUAGCUUGCCUGAAACGAUUGAAGGUGUCGAUCUAUCAACAAAGCAAACGAUUGCCAACUCAAACUUCGAUCAGUUGGUGACUGAUAUGUCGGUUAGGAGCAGCUGGCAUGAUGUGGUUCUGGCUAUAAUCAAGAGAGAAACUACGCCACGUGUAAAUGUUCAGUGCGAUUUCAUUACCUUCUUUGCUUUGCCCGUUGAAAACCUGAGUAGAAAUUUAGAAGCACGCUGUCCGACCUUUUGUAAUGCCGUAGAAGGAUAUGAAGCUCUGCAAAAGGCCAAGAAGAAUGAAGACGAGCACACUACGAUUGAAGCGUUACGGAUAUCACUCAAAUUAUUUACCGAUUCCAUUAAUACUAUGACAUAUGGUACCUUAAUUAACUUGUGCAAUGAAUACAAGAAUUUCGAGUUUUACGAAGGUGCUGUUGAGCUGUUGUUGAAGGCUGCACACACUAUGGAGCAUGUAACUGAAAAACGCAAGUCGAUCCUUGAUAACGUUAUUGAAACCUUACGAGAUGCUGGCGUCUUUAACGAAGGAGUUUACCGUCACACGCAAACUUUUAAUCCCGUUCUCCACAAGGCUCUAGAACUUGGGUUAAGCUUGAAAGAUAUAGAUUUUCUUUUCGCCGUAUAUGAUGAAUUUUUACGAGCUGAUUCCGUUCCACAACUAUUUGAUCCGGCGGCACCCUACAUUGAAGAUUACCUUACACAUUCAAAAGACUUAUCUUCACCAGAAGUAAGGAAGAAAUUGGAUCUGUAUUGUGAUUAUUGCGUGAAGCGUCAUGAAUACCUUAAAGCAGCCGAAGUGAAAGAUUAUAUAGCCCAGAAUUCAGGGGGAGAUGUUACUUUACAAGAGCGAUUGCAUUAUCUCUCCCAUGCCGUAGGGCAAGCCGAAAGUGCCAAAGAAUUCAGUGAGAAUGCCAAAGUGAUCGAGGCGUUAAAUAAAUAUCGUCUUAAAAUGAAGAUCGCACAAAUACAAUUCGAAAUUUAUACGGAUAUAAAUGGUAUGCCCGAAAACGUUUACAACAACUUUGCGACUUCGCAGGGAAUACCUAGCAGGGAUGAAGUACUUGCGCUUCUGAAUCAAAAGCUCUAUGAUUCUCAUAUUCUUUUGAAUGAUUUUAUCCACCCGUUUGACCUGUAUGAAAAGAAGUUAGCCUUGCUACAGAUCGUGGAAGAAGCCCCUUAUCAAACCGAAAUAGUAAAUGUCUGGGAAAACAUAAUACAAAAAGGCAUUUAUCAUUUAUUUCCUUCUAUACAAAAAUCAGAUCAAACCAACUCUAUUCAACCGAUAGCAGAUGUACUUAUAAAAGCCGGGCGAAAGUAUUACCCUAGCGACACGCGUAUGAUGCCAUUAGACAAGAUCAUUAUCGCGGUAUCAAAAUAUUUUAUUGAGAACGAAAUAACCGAUCCAGGUAUUAUUACAAAGAUUCUAAGGCAGGCAAAAAUAAAUUAUGCCGUCUUGUUUGAAACUUUUAAACACGUUUUGAAUAAUAGAUCGAACGAAACCUUAUAUACAAAGGGCGGGAUGCGAUUUUUAUUCCGAGAACUUUGUUUUAUACUAGACGAAUGGAUAAAAACCAGCGGGGAAGUAUACGAUAUCGAUACUAAUGGUAUACUUAAUUUAAUUGAUCGAUGGAUUAUGGUUAUUGACAGUAGUAAGCUUGGACAAGAUUUGAGAGAAGUUUUUAUGGAAAAUAGAAGAAAUAUUGAAGCAUUAAAAAGGAGAAAGAAUGAAUAG